UUUUUACCCUCAGCUAAGCCGGUUGCGUUUUAGUUAAGCGAGAAACUGCUUGUAUCAUGUCGGCCAAACCCAUCCUCUACUACGCCCCCCGCAGUCCCCCCUGCCGAGCUGUUCUGCUGACGGCCGCCGCUCUUGGUUUGGAGUUGGACUUGCGACUAGUUAACGUCAAAGGCGGAGAGCACAAGUCCGCCGAGUUCCUGAAGCUGAAUGCGCAGCACACGAUCCCCGUGCUCGAUGAUAACGGCACCAUCGUGAGUGAUUCGCACAUCAUCUGCGCCUAUCUGGCGGAUAAGUACGCUCCGGCGGGCGAUGACUCCCUGUAUCCGAAGGAUGCGGAUCAGCGUCGCCUGGUGGAUGCACGUUUGUACUACGAUUGCGGUCACCUGUUCCCGCGUAUACGUUUCAUCGUCGAGCCGGUGAUCUACUUCGGAGUUGGCGAGGUGCCCGCCGAUCGAGUGGCCUACCUGCAGAAGGCCUACGAUGGCCUGGAGCACUGCCUGGCUGGCGGAGAUUACCUGGUGGGCGACAAGCUGACCAUCGCCGAUCUCAGCUGCAUUGCAUCGGUGUCCACGGCCGAGGCGUUCGCGCCCAUCGAGGCGGAGCAGUUCCCACGCCUGGUGGAGUGGGUCAAGCGCAUUCAGGCCCUUCCGUACUACCAGAAGAGCAACCAGGAAGGUCUGGAGUUGUUGGUGGGUCUGGUCAAGGGACUUCUGGCCGAGCGACAGCAGAAGUAAGCGAACUUAGGGCUUUGAAGAAGAUGUAUCAAAAUACAAUCGCAUUUGAUUCGAAAUCAA